AUGACAAUCCCCACAAUAAGCGCUAAACAUCUAUCCUCAAAAAAACAAAGCUCGCGUAGAAAGUGUUGUAAAUGGCUUUAGAAAUUCUUAUGGAGAGAAGCCUGGUUUGUAAGUAGAUCGCCAGGCAGGGUCAAUUUGAUUGGUGAGCACAUUGAUUAUGAGGAUUUCUCUGUGCUACCCAUGGCAAUCGACGCGGAUGUUUUGUGCGCAUUGAGCGUUUCGUCCACCGACGAAAAGUCAGUCAUCACGCUAUCAAACGAAGACAAGAGCUUCGGUCAGCAUCAUUUUGAACUCACAGCAGAUGGCUCUGACAUCGCGAUUGAUGGUUCGGUAUCCGACUGGUCCAACUACUUCAAGUGUGGGCUUUUGGUAGCACAGAAGGAACUCAAGAAGGAGUUGCCACAAAAGUUUGGAAGCAGACCGUUGUAUAGUAUGAAAAUUCAUGUUGGCAGCAACGUGCCUACUGGAGGGGGGUUGUCGUCUUCUGCCGCAUUUAUUUGCGCUGUUGCACUAGCUGUUCUCCGCGCGAACGCUGACAGUGAUUAUCAUGUGUCUAAACAAAUGCUCACUAGAAUUACAGUGACAGCAGAACAUUACGUAUGAGUCAACAAUGGUGGUAUGGACCAGGCUGCUUCGGUUAUGAUGAACGAAUCGCAGGAUUCUUGUGACAAGCUUUACGAAUGUUCUUGUGUAGAGACGGACGAAUUGUGCCGUAUUGCGAGAGCCAACGGCGCCUAUGGUUCUAGACUUACCGGUGCAGGUUUGGGUGACUGCACGGUUCACCUGGUCACUGGGAACAACGCUAGAAAAGUGCAAAACGCGCUCGUUGAAGAAUAUUACAGCAAGAGGUUUCCAGGAAUGGCUCAAGAUGCUCUAGAGGAAGCCGUUCUUGUUUCAAAACCUGCUCUCGGUAGUUGCAUCCUGAAGAUUUGA